AUGAGUGGAAGCAAUCACGGUCGGUUUUUAAGUAAAAGUGGUACUUCUCGCUCCCCUGAAAAUUCAUUGUCUGUAAGUGGAAAAACUCCUGAAAUCAGCAACAAAACCUUAUCCGCUAUUCUUUCUGGUUUGAAACUUUCUGGUGAAAAUGAAAAUGGUGCAGCCUUAAAUAAAUAUCGAACUACAGCAUCACCAUAUGACAUUGUCGUUCGAAUAAAUAAACUAUUAGAUUUACGAACUCAUGGAUGGGAAAUUUUAUUAGGUGAACAUACAAAAUCUAUCAGACCGACGACGAAAGAUACUGGUGAAAAUAGUGCAUCGGUAAUAAAUGAACAGAAAGAAGGUGUUGUUGUAAGUGUUCUAGGUGCGUACAACCGAGGAAAAUCGUUUCUUCUAAAUCAACUCUGCAAUGUUUCUCUUCCAAUCACCGCCGGACGUCAAAAUUAUACGAAUAUUGUGUUUUUGGAUACGGCUGGAACGGACACACCAGUCAGAAAUGAUGAGAUCGAAUAUAAAAGAGCGCGAGAAGCUCUUUUACGAGAAGUUGUUCUUCAUCUCUCAACUUUUAUCAUCAUUGUUGUCAAUCGACUACGAACAACGGAUCAAAUUUACAUCAACCAAAUCUUAAAAUACUAUCGAAAUUCGCCUCAUAAGAAGACUAUUAUAAUCGUUCACAAUUUGUUGGAUGUGGAAAAAAUUCCCGAUGUUGAUAAGAUCAUUUCCGAAGAAAUUCAAUGGAUUUUCGGUGCAGUUCAACAAAAAACGCAGCUAUCCAUCAACGGAUGUGUGAAAGAUAUUAUCUAUUUUACUUCAAAACAAUUCGGUGGAACUGAUAUUCGACAUUACAUUUUAGGAAGAUCAGGUUCCGAAGCUGAUAAACUAUGGAAUAUGCAAACAAUUGAUGGUAUCAUGAAUUUCCUUCAAAAUACGGAUAAUAAACGUAAUUUGGAUCUUAUUAAUGAUAUGAUUACUUUCAUAAAUCAUAAAUUAUCAAAAUUAUUCGUUCAAAAUUCAACUGAACAAACGCCAAAUUUACAAUUAGUACAACACAAUUCGAAAUAA